GAAACAAACAAUUCGCUAGUUAUGUAUGACAGAUUCGAGUCCGUAGGCUUCAUCCAACUUCGUACCCCUUCAUUUGAAACCAUUUUCUUGAAGGUCACUCCCGCCGCUUGCGUCUGGGUUUUCGCGCUUUACUUGAUUGGGAUGACUGAGGUUCAGUCGAGUGCUGGUGCAGAACAAAAGUAUGGGGGUGCUGAAGGGGCAGAUGCUAUGUAUGUAAAGCUCGUAUCGUCAGACGACCAUGAGUUCUACGUCCGUCGAGAGCAUGCUCUUACGAGUGGUACCAUAAAAGCAAUGCUUUCAGGUCCAGGUCAAUUUCAAGAGAAUGAAACAAAUGUUGUACAUUUUCGUGAAAUACCAUCACAUGUAUUACAAAAAGUAUGCAGUUAUUUCGCUUAUAAAGUACGUUAUACAAAUAGUUCAAGUGAAAUACCAGAAUUUCCUAUUGCUCCUGAAAUUUCAUUAGAAUUAUUAAUGGCUGCUAAUUUUUUAGAUUGUUAAUUCAUUAGUUAUUAUUGUCACUAAUUUUCCUUUAUGCGCUUCGUUCUUUUUUGUUUUUGUUUUGUUUUAUCCUAACAAUUAUCUUGUGGGAGUACUCAUUGGUUUGUUCUUAUUAUUACUAUUCUUAAUAAGUAACAACAAAAAACAGACAGCGAAAAAUACCUUAAUUAUUCGUAUUUCUUUAGUUCUUUAAAUGAAUGUUUUUUUCUUCAGAGACACAAAAAAACAUACCGUGAUAAUUAAAAAAAAUAAUAACCAUUACUAUCCCUACUACCACUACUACUACUACUACUACUACUUCUGCCUCCUUUGUGCUUCCUUUGUCUGAUUCUUAAACUUACUAAGGAACAAAAAAUAUAUUAAUACUUUCAA